AUGGGAACGGCGAAGAGACUAAAGAUAACAGUGGUUGGUGAUGGUAUGGUUGGCAAAACUUGCUUACUAUACGUGUAUACUAGAAAUGAAUUUCCGGAGGAAUAUGUACCUACAGUGUUUGACAAUUAUGUGGGUCAUAUCACCGUCGAUGAUGUGGAGGUGGAGAUGGCGCUCUGGGAUACGGCUGGACAAGAGGACUAUGAGAGACUCAGACCAUUGUCCUACAAUAACACUAAUUGCUUCUUAGUCUGCUACUCGGUUGGGAGCCGGUCUUCAUACGAAAACGUGGUCCACAAAUGGUAUCCUGAAUUGAAACACUUUAGUGCUUCUGUUCCCAUCGUCUUAGUGGCCACCAAAAUAGACCUGAGGUCAUCAGGCAAGGCGGUUAUUACCACUCAAGAGGGGAAGAAAUUAAAGAGGAAAAUACGAGCUGCCCAACUUGUGGAAUGCUCCGCAUUAGAACGUGUCAACAUGAACGAAGUGUUCGAGGAAGCUGUUCGGGCAGCUCUACGCAAAAAACCAGUCCAAAAACGCACGUGUCAAUAUAUU